AUUAGUUUUUGGCACAUGCUCCAGGAGUGUGUGAAUGCGAAUAAGAUUUUCUUCGGCGAAGGGACCAAACUUGUUGUUCAGGCUAAAAAUGAAGUAAAGCCAGAAUAUUACAAGGUUAAUGGCUCAUGUUUGGCAACCGACUUCACAAGACAUAAUGCUUCGGGUUUCACAAAGGCUGAAGCAGUGCGAUAUACAGGCCAAAAUUACUAUAGCAGCUUCACCUUUGAUAAAUCAGAAAACUGCCCAGAAGAAGUCUGUGGGUCAGGAUCAUCCAGUCCAAGUGCUUUUGAAACAGAUGAAAAAGUCAACUACUUCUCACUGGGCCUCUAUUGGCUGAGAAUUCUCUUUGUGAAGACUGUUGUGUUCAACGUCCUGAUGACUUUCAAAGCAUGGAUGAGCUAAUGUGCCAUGAAAAUCCUCAUGAUCAGUUGGAUUUAUCAGUGGCUUCACCGAAGACAAAACAUCACGUUCGGGAGCCAUCAGAACUGCACUGUUGUUGUUAAAUGAUGAUCAGUGGAUUAUGAAACCUUUCUAUUAUGCUAUAGUGCCUAUGAUUUUAAGAAUUAUUUACUCUAUACAC